AUGCUCCUCCUCGCCUUAACUUACCUCACGCUUGGCGUCUCCGCCGCCACGAUGUCGUGGACCAACGCCACCCUCGGGAACAAGUGGACUGCAGCGCAGCUCAACGACUCCUCCUUCGCCAAAGAGGAGAUGCUUGUGCGUGUGCACUGGGCCCCGCCGUUUUGCGACAACGAGGUAGACACUACGUCCGUCACCGUGUCCACCACGACCUCUAUUCUCACCACCAAGUCCACCGCCACCGCCUCCGCCUCCGCCUCCGCCACAACGGAGACUGGGACCAACGCCACACCCCUCCUCUGCAUUGGCGCCUACACCGCCAACGCGCACAACGCAACCCCCGCUCUCGUACCGUGCUACUCCCCCACCGCCGCCCUAGUUUUCGGGACGCACCACCACAUCGCCCUCGGCAACGGCUGCCUCACCGCCCCUUCGGACCCCAGCAACGGGUUCCUGGUCACAAUUGAGGACUGCGACCCCGACUCGGAAGGACAGAUCUGGUCCUGGGCCCGCCACGGGUCCGAGUGGAGCUUCACGCACGGAGACUUCUGCCUCGAUGUUAUGGACGGGGUUUAUGAUGUCGGCACGCCGCUGCAGGUUUGGGAGUGCGAGGAGCAUGGGGGAAACGAGAACCAGGUGUUUGGGUUCGAGAAGAUGCUGCGGAUUGAUUAUGGGGACGCGGAAGUUUACGUGGACGGCAUUACGCUGUCGUGGUAG